UUUUAACAGGCCGUUCAAGGUCAUUAAAACGAAACGGCGGGCGACCUUGAAAUGCCCUGACCAAUUUACCGUGCCCUGAUACGCAUUGCUAAUAGCUUGUAAAUAGUCCACACGUCUCUCGUUUUCAAUUACCUGUUGUUAUGAUAAUUGAACUAUAAAAUAUAUAUUAUUCACAUUUAUAGUCUAUAGUCAUAUUAUCAUAAUGUACUACAUCUGGCUAUAAUAAUGAGGUUACAACAACCUCAUUGGAAUUAUUAAUAAUCUUUUAUUGUGGAUUAUGGUGCCGUAUGCAGCUCGGUCACGCCAAAAUUUUCUGAUCUAAGUAACGUCUCCUAACUUUUCUUUGUGUUUAUAAAUGGUAGUUAUGUUAAAAUUAUUAGACAGUUACUGCGUCAAAACAUUACCACCAAAUGUUCUUUAUCUACCAGAUUUUAUAAAUGAAGAAGAAGAACAGGAACUACUAAAAUAUAUUUAUUCUGCCCCAUUACCAAAGUGGGUUUCUCUACGUGGUAGACGUUUACAAAAUUGGGGUGGUAUUCCUCAUGUUAAAGGAAUGUUGACUGAAAAAGUUCCACAGGUUUUUUAAAUUAAUAUGAAAGAGUUAACAAUUUAGUCUGUUUAGUGGUUACAGAAGUACAUGGAUCGUGUUUCUGAAUUGUGUUUAUUUGAUAGUAACAACAGUAAUAAUAAGGCGAAUCAUGUUUUGGUGAAUGAAUAUGAAUCAGGACAAGGUAUAUUUCCUCAUCAUGAUGGACCACUUUACUAUCCUGUUGUUGCUACAAUCAAUCUUAAUUCUUAUGGGAUUCUGGACUUUUAUGAGCCGUUGGAUACUUCUUCAAAUCCACAAACAAAAUCAACGUUAUUUAAUGAUCGUUAUAUUGGCUCAGUUUAUCUAAAAGCUCGUAGCUUAAAUAUUGUUGCCGAUAAAAUGUAUACACAUUAUAUGCAUGGGAUUGCUGAACGUACAACUGACUUAUUACUAAAUUAUGAAGACUGCUUGAAACGUUCUGAAGAAUCGGUUGAAAAUGCUGUUGUUAUUCAUAAUUGGACUGCGAACAGUUUGGGAGAUAUUCAGUCACAGUUAUGUCAUCGUGGUAAACGUGUUUCAGUAACUAUACGCUAUGUGCCUAAUGUGAGCAAAAUCAACUGGAAUACUUUAUUAUGCAGGAAUUAAACUGUUUCCACUUUAUUUACUAAUAAAACCGUUCUUAAUUAUAUCGUUUGUGAUGGAUUUUCGUUUCACCUAAAGAAUCC